UUAUUACUUUCCGAGACAGUUUAACUAUAUAAGGAUUUUGUCGGCGAAGUCGAUACAGUUUUAUUGUAGGUAAAUUUUUCAUUGAUGCCAUUACUUUUCUUUGAAGUGAAUUAUGUAUGGUGUCUACCGUUUUUGCUAAUGUGUACUCAUAAAUAUAUGCACUGUGCUCUUGGUUAAUUAAACAACUUAAUCAUCAUAAUUUCGAGUACCGAAGACGGAUUGACAAGCAAAAUGAGUUCAUAUAAUAAUGAACUUGUUGCCCAGAAUAUUCUUGCUAAACAGCCUGUGCUGAAGGCUAACGAUAUUGAUCAUCCUGAUCUUGCGAUUGCUGAAAAAGAGCACCUGGUGGAACGAACGAAGAUGGAGCAGGUUGUUGAUGAUCGGGUGCCAUACGAAGUGCUUGCAACAACGGCGGCGUCAAGAGGGUUUAAGCGGCGCGUCAAGGACGCCCUGCGCAGCGCCUUUGCGCCCAUAAUGAAAUCGCCCGACAAAGCCCCGCUGGCCGGUGCAAAAUGGUACUCGCAUCUGUACUGGAACCUCCUCCUGCCGCCGUCCGGAGUGGUCGGCCGUACCGUGACCGUUGUCCUCAUUGCGCUGAUGGUGUGGGCGGCCAUGUGGUCGGUGCUAAACGAUAUGUUGCCGUAUGGGAAUAUGUUCGGACUGUACAUUAUGGUGGUUUUCGCUCUGCUGGCCGGCUUCCUGGUGGAGCAGGCCCGGCUGGCCCCGCUCCUGGGGAUGUUGAUUAUCGGCUGUAUACUGCGCAAUGUGAUACCGAUUAAUUAUGCAAAAUAUAUCGAUGGAACAUGGAGCAGCUCGCUACGAAACAUUGCACUCUCCGUCAUAUUAACGCGAGCCGGUUUGGGACUGGAUAUUAAUGCCAUAAAACAGCGCUUCUGGGUGGUGGUCAGUUUGUGCUCCGUGCCAACCGUCAGCAUCACCAUCUUCAUCUUAAUCGUCGCUCACUACAUGAUCGACUUCCCCUGGCUGAUGAGCGGUGCCCUCGGGUUUCUCAUCAGUGCCGUUUCGCCCGCGGUCAUCGUUCCUAUUAUGUUGUACUUCCAAGAACAGAGGAUUGGCACAGUAAAGGGACUGCCGUCGUUGAUUAUUGCCGCGGCCACCAUCUGUGAUGUGAUCGCCAUUUGUGGCAACAGCAUUUGCUUGGGGAUUGCUCUCUCUUCCGGGAGCUUGACCUUUAAUAUCAUUGCCGCUCCGCUGUCCAUUGUUGUGGGAAUCGGAUUUGGGUUGUUUGCCGGCGUUUGCCUGUGGUACUUCCCGAGUGGAGACGAUGACUCGGCUACAAUAUUCCGGUUUAUUUUACUAUGCUGUGGCGGAGUGUUCUGCAUUUUUGCCUCCAAAGUCGCCAAUAUUUCGGGAGCUGGAGCGCUGGGCGCCUUGACAAUUCCCCUGACGGCAGCAUACGGAUGGCGGAAGCGCGGAUGGGGUAACAGUGUCACGGCCAUCUCCGUGGCGCUGAAGUAUGCCUGGUAUAUCUUCCAACCGCUUCUCUUUGGUCUUAUCGGAGCUUCAGUAGACUUUGCCACACUCAUACCGGAAAGAGUUGGAUUAAUGAUUGGUCUGUUGUUUGCCGCACAUGCCGUGCAACUGCUGGCAACGUGGUUAGCUGUGGGCUUUUUUGGUUUCUCCUGGAAAGAAACAUUAUUCCUCUGUCUAAGUUUCCUCCCUAAAGCCACAAUUCAGGCCGCCAUUGGGUCUACCGCGCUGGAUAUCGCCACGAAAAACCACAUGGGCAAAGAGUUUAUAGAUUUGGGCCGAGAUACACUGAACUGCGCCGUGUUGGCUAUAAUAUUUUUCGCUCCGAUCGGGGGUGUGGCGCUGCUGUUAAGCGGAGGUAAACUCCUGGACCACGAGGACAUGCAGGCGCGCACGAUGGAAGAAGGAAAUCCAAUUAACGAACCUAUGAACCAAUUGGGAGAUGACAAAGAUGUGGAUCUUUCCUUCAACGGCGAAGCAUUCGAGCUCAGUCCCAGGAGACGGCUUUCUUUCAAGCGCUAUUCCUUGCCCUAUUGAUCGAUUUAUGAUAUGAUAGGUACAUAUUUUUCGGCCGGCAAGCCGGCUUUUGCGGCCAUCAAGUCUGCAUAUAGAGAAAUGGAAAAUAUUUAUUUCUACCUGAAUGCACACAAGUGUAUGUAUUAUGCCCUAUCAGUGCCUCUUAAAUUGUUGAACCUGCUGUAUUUACAAAUCCGGUGUUUAGCCCCUUUUUGUUGCCGAUCUUCCAUAUUGUUGUUCACUUGCUCGUGGAACAAUGCAGCUGUAUUAUACAUAUGGUAUCUGAUAUUCAGAAAAUAUGCCAAUAUUGCAGUCUGCUGGUAAA